CCAACGAACGUGUCAACGCACUUGCUCAAAAACUCGAGCAAAGUGAGGCGGCUCGCAAGAAAGCUGAACUUGCUGCUAGCAAAGCCAAGGCCGAGGUUGAUGAAGCCAAGGUGAAAGCUGCUAGUGUCGAGGAGCUGCAGAGAAGGCUCAAAGAUGCCGAAUCUGCCUUAGAUGAGCAGAAAACUGCACAAACUGUGCGUGAACAAGAGAUCAUCAAGCGUCUGAAGUCGCAAAGUCGACCCCAAACAAACCAAGAUUUUGAUCUGGAGAAUCCCGUCAAUGACCCUCUCCUUGAUGCACUUUCUCUUCUGGAGUUCCAUGGGCGCGAAAUUCGUGAAGGCGUGGCCAAUGCCAGUGCAAGUUUGUCGGCGUUGUUCCCCUACUUCUUCCCGAAGAAAGAGGAACCUUCGACUUUCCUUGCCCUUGCCAAGCUUUUCAAUUCGUCGGAAGACCUGGGAUUGAAGAUGCGUCAGGAGAAUAUGAAGGUUGCUGUCGAGAGUACUGUUGCCCUGGUUGCUGACAGCCAACAGACGCUUGAUUGGAUGAAGGUUGGCGACACCAGCCAGAUAGAGCAUUCGAGAUGGAGGUCGCUGAUCAAGGCAGCCAAGCCCAACACUAAGAAGAUCUUGGCGUAUCUGGGGAUCAAGCCAGCUUCGACUCCUAGCUCCUCGAGGCCGGAGUUGAUAUUUGAUAACUAUACUCCAACUUCCGCUCCUUCCAAUGUAUCGCCUUCUUCUCGUGCGAGGAGAGCUUUUGCUGAUACUGCACCUGUCGACGAUACCUUGUCGCAAGAACUGGAUGAACUUCGGCAGCAACUUCAGUAUGCGAAGAAGCAAACACUUGUGAUGAUGGAGCAAUCUCGUAAGUCAUCUGAAGCCGAAAAAAUUGCUCUUCAACAAGCUCACGAAGCCGUGGCUGCUAAGGAAAUUGCUGCUUCCGAGGCUGAAAAGGCAACUACUCGAGAAAAUUUCAUGCUCGAAUUAAUGAAUGAAGCCAGUGCAGAUAUGUCGGGUGCCUUUGUUGAUGCUGCUGCCGAGGAAGAGAGGGUAAAUGCUAGGACAACCCUCCUUGUUAAUCUUUCCCUGGACCAUGGUUCGUUGUUUUGGGCUACCCCAGAGAGGACCCGCCAAAUUGUCAGAUUUCAAGAUCGCGCCUCUCAAACUCGCGAUUUCCUUGACUUCUGUACCAAGACCUUGUCCAUGGUUUACAACUCCAUGUUUCCUCGGAACGUCCAACCAAAAACUCUUCCUGAAUUGAUGGAGAGGUUCAAGGAUGCUCGCAGUAUCCAUGAUUUUGUCAAAGCUCAACUAGUAGCUGGCGCCAGAUUUGCUCUUAUCAUGCUCCAAAUCUGCCACUCGAAGCUUGACCUUACCCAGGUUGUCGAGAAGGUUCACCAAAAAGUAAAACGUCGGAGAGUUGGUGUUGACAGGAUUAACACGAAGGUUACGCCUAUAGCCGAAGAGAUGAUUGAAGACCUACUUCGGAUGGAUGCCGACUUUUUUGCCGAUGGCCAUUAUGCCGAUUUUCUUGGUGCUGCUCCUGAGGAAAACAGGGUUACUCUUGAUGACAUAUUGAAUCAAGACUAGUUAGUUUCUUCUUGUAGAUAUUUUUUCUUUGUAAUCCAUGACUAUAUUGUAAAGCAAUCAUUAUAUUUCUCUGUUUGUUUAGCCCCCGAGUGUUUCGGUGACUCUUUACUAUAUUUGUAUACUUGCGAGGUUUUGAACCAAGGCAUUUAUAUAUUUAAGGCGAAUAUGAGCCCCCAAGCUUUUUAUUGAGUACUAUUUUGUAUUUUUGUUGACUCACGAGGUAUUUGAAUACCAAGGCAAGUUUUUCCUUUUGUCGAUGAACUAUAUUGAAAUUCGUCGGAGCGAAGACUUUGGUCAUGUCGAUAAAGAAGAAAAGUUAUAUUGUCACUAUCUUU